GAAGACGCCCCUGGCGACGACGAAGAUGACGCCUCUUACGGCGACGAGGAUUAUGGGAGCACGAAGAAAAAGACUACCACAAAGAGGAAGAAGGUUCCGUCCAAGCCAAAAGGUGCGCUUUUCAUUCGGACUUCGUCUCGCGGGGUCAAGGUCCCGAACUACGCAGACGAUAUCGAAGAUUUCGCGCAGUACGACGAACCAGACCCUGGCUAUUAUAUCGAUACCACGGCGCAGCUCAAGGAAGAGGAUGAGAUCGAGUCGGUUCUGAGCCACUCACGAGAUGAGACUCGCUUGGACGAUCCGGAAGAUCUUUUUACUGAAAAUAUGCGUUUCCACAUCAAGUGGAAGAACUUUUCUCACCUGCACAACACCGACGAAACUUACGAGUUCCUCAAGCGUUUCAAAGGCCUGAAGCGCGUCGACAACUAUAUCAGGGCCUACAAGCAAUACGAGGUGCGACUCACGGCUCCAGGGCUCACUUCGGAGGAGCGCGAGACACUAUUGCUAGACAAGGAGCGCGAAAAGGAGGAGCUUGAGACGUAUAAGACGGUCGAGCGCAUCGUCGCGCAGCGUGAGGCUACGGAUGGCUCGGUCGAGUACUUCUGCAAGUGGACCGGGCUCAACUAUGAGCACUGCACCUGGGAGGCGCAAGACGAGGUGCGCACGAUUGCGAAGAAUGAGCUUGAUGCAUACCGCGUGCGCGAAGCGGAGGCCAAGUACCCCUACAAGAGUGCAGUCUACCCAAAACAUCAGCGCCCUGCAUUCGAGAAGAUCACAGAGGAUCCGCCUUACAUCACAGCAACAGGUGGCGAACUGAAGGACUUCCAGCUUACGGGCCUCAACUGGUUGGCGUACCUGUGGGCAAAGGGCGAGAACGGUAUCCUCGCAGACGAGAUGGGCCUCGGCAAGACUGUCCAAACGGUCGCGUUCCUCUCGUAUCUGUUCAAUCAGAUGCGACAAUAUGGUCCUUUCCUCGUUAUCGUCCCGUUGUCCACAAUCACCGCAUGGCAGUCCCAAUUCGCGACAUGGGCGCCAGAGCUGAACGUGAUCACGUACAUUGGCACCGCGCCUGCGCGCGAGGUGAUCCGCAAGUACGAAUUUGGCCCGUCCAACAAAAAGCUCAAGUUGAACGUGCUGUUAACGACGUACGAGCUCACCUUGCGAGACUCGAAGGAGCUCGGUGAUAUCAAGUGGCAGGUGCUGGCGGUUGACGAGGCGCAUCGGCUGAAGAACUCGGAGAGCCAGCUUUACGAGGCUCUGCGGGCAUUUGCGGCAGCGUCAAAGCUUCUCAUCACCGGCACGCCGCUCCAGAACAGCGUGAAAGAGCUGCUCUCGUUGAUGCAUUUCUUGAUGCCGGAGAAAUUCGCUUUGACGAAUGAGUUUGACCUCAACGAUGCCGAACAUGAGACGAAGAUCAAGUCUCUGCACAAGCAACUCGAGGCGCUCAUGCUGCGCAGGGUGAAGCGCGACGUUCUCAAAUCUCUUCCCACGAAGAGCGAGCGCAUCUUGCGAGUUGAGAUGUCCGCCAUGCAGACAUCUUUCUACAAGAACAUCUUGACGAAGAAUUUUGCAGGGCUUGUGAAGAGUGCCAAUGGCAGUAGUAACAUCAGCCUGCUCAACAUUGCCAUGGAGCUGAAGAAAGCGGCGAAUCACCCUUAUCUCUUUGAUGGUGCAGAGCUCAAGACUGAUAACCUUGAGGAGACACUCAAGGGCCUAGUGAUGAACAGCGGGAAGAUGGUCCUCCUGGACAAGCUGCUCGCACGCUUACGCACUGAUGGGCACCGCGUGCUCAUUUUCAGCCAGAUGGUGCGUAUGCUGGACAUCCUGAGUGACUACCUGGCCUUGCGGGGAUACGCGCAUCAGAGACUAGAUGGCAUGGUUGCGUCGGACGCGCGGAAGAAGUCCAUCGCGCAUUUUAAUGCGCCCGGUUCGCCGGACUUCGUCUUCCUGCUCUCGACGCGUGCAGGUGGCCUCGGCAUCAACCUGGAGACCGCGGACACGGUGAUCAUCUUCGAUAGCGACUGGAACCCACAGAACGAUCUACAGGCGAUGGCACGUGCACACCGGAUCGGACAGAAGUCGCACGUGAGCGUGUACAGGUUCGUGAGCAAGGACACGAUGGAGGAGGAUGUCCUUGAGCGCGCGAAGAAGAAGAUGGUGUUGGAGUAUGCCAUCAUCAACCAGAUGGACACCUCCCAAGCUCACCUCAGCAACAAGGGCAACGUCAAGGAGUUGGCCAAGCCCGACAACCUGAGCAAGGACGAGCUGACGGCCGUGCUCAAGUACGGCGCACAGAAAAUGUCGGUGGACGACUCGCAACAGAACAAGAAGCUCGACGAGAUGGAUCUUGACGACAUUCUCAACCGCGCUGAGGACCACGAGACCAUGGCCGACGGCGGGGAUGGCGGCGCCUCGCUCGGUGGCGAAGGCUUCCUUGCAACGUUCGCAGCCGUCAGCGACGUCAAGAACGACAUGAGCUGGGAGGACAUCAUCCCUCUUGAUGAACGUCAAAAGGUCGAGCGCGAGGAGGACCAACGCAAGGCCGAGGAGCUUGCGUCGCAGGACGUCCGGGACCGUAAGCGCUCACACGCGCCCGUAUCAUACGAGGGCAUGGACGGCGACCAGCCAGCGUCGGCGCCAGCUGCGAAGAAAGCCAAGACGCAGGCGCCCACGAGGAAGUCGGCGAGCCAGAAGGCUAUGGAGCUCAAGGAGAGGGAUGUUCGCGUCUUGAUUCGAAGUAUGCAGCGGUGGGGUGACAUUCGUCAGCGCUAUGAUGUCAUCGUCGAAGAGGCAAGGCUCAAAGACAAGAACAAGGGCAUGAUCAUCGACGUCGCAGAUGAUAUUGUCGAGCUCUGUGCUACCGCGGUGGAUGAGAACGAAACGACCAAGCGAACGCGCCUCGCUGCUGGGGAGACUCUGACCACGGCGCAAAAGAGCAAGGCUGUCCUGGUUACUUACCGCAACGUAGGAAACAUCAACGCCGAAACCGUCGUCUCUCGAACGCGCGACCUCCGUGUCCUCUUUGACCACCUCAACAACCUCACGACUGCCGAGCUUUACAAUUGGGUGAUCCCGAUCGAGAACAUACGUCCCACUCUCAAUUGGUCGGGACGAUGGGGCCCGCAGGACGACGCGAUGCUCCUCGUCGGUGCGUUUUUGUACGGCUUCGGGAACUGGGAGGCCAUGGCCAAGGAUCCCAAGUUGCACCUCGACGGAAAGUUCUUCCUCGAGGAAGGGAAGAAGGGCGAGGACGCCGCGAGUAAGCCCAUCCCGAAUGCGAUCCACCUGGUUCGGCGAGGCGACUACUUGCUUGGUAUCCUACGCGAUCACGAUGAAAAGCUGCGGUCUUACGAGAGCUCGCUUCGUACGAAGGGACACCUCAAGUCUGUGUCACCCGCGCCGGUCGCUUCCUCUUCGCACAGCGGCAGCCUGAAGCGAAGAGCAGAGAGCGAGGCGGUCGCAUCGGUGGAAGACAACAGCUCCCGGAAACGCAAGCGACGGCCAACGCCCACGUUCACAGAUUCCGAGUCGUCGGACGAAUGCCCUUCCAUGGAUGAGGCGUCAACCAAGGAGGAAUUGCGACCAGUCAAGAAGCAGUUGAAACAACUGAAGCUCUCCGGGGGCGAGAUGCCUAGAGACGACAAGGUCGCGAUCCUCAAGGAGUCUCUGGCCGCCAUCGGACGGCGCAUCGAGGUCGUUCUCGACACAAAGCAAGCCGCUGGUGAGAAUCGAGACCGAUGGCGACGACAUUUGUGGACAUUUGUUACCCUGUUUUGGCCCAAGAAGGUCAAGGCGGCCAAACUCGAGGAGAUCCAUGCGAAGAUGGUGAUGAAGGAGGCCACAGACGCUGGUACGUCAAAGAAACCACGGACAACCAUGAGUAGCAAGGCCAACGGGGCUUUACCAGCGUCUGCAUCAUCGUCUGCGAAGACCAACGGCAAGUCGUAUCGGUGACGGACAUUCCAAGCGGCUUCUUCUCUUUUUCUUUUGUAUUUUGUCGUGCUAUCUCACUCUAUCCAAUCCCCUCUUCUUUCUCUGCUCCUCUGUCUCUCUUCAUUCACUUCUACUGCGUAUCUGCUUGCUUAUUGGAGUGGUGCUUUUCUGCAUAUUCACGUUUAUAAUCUUGGCCGCGCUGGAUUUUGGCACACUUUACCGUCUCGAUCCGCUAUUCCUUUUUUUUUGUCAUUUUCCUGCAUACUGUCCUGUAAUUCUUUCUUCACGCCCCUGUGUACACGCAUACAACAAAUCUCUCUGGUAUCAAACAUGA